AUGCAGUACCUCAUCGCGGGUGGCCUGCUCGGUGCCGCCGCGUUCGUCGGCGCUGCCCCCCAGGCUCCACGCAACUCUUCAUCCUCUUCUGCCUCUCUUGCGUCCGGCACCAGCUACCGCCUUCAGUUCUGCACCAACAACAAUUUCGAGGGCGAUUGCGAGGAAGCCUUUGCUGAUGCCACGGAAUGCGGUGAGUCUCCAUCCUUCUUCCUCCAGAAGACCUUCUCACUGACAAUACACAGUUGAUGUCGGCAGCAUCGGCGGCAAGAUCUCCUCAUUUCAGGUCAGCCGCGGCGCCUCCUGCUACCUCUACGGCAAAAAGUCCUGCACUGGAGACAGAUCCGAAGUCGUGAAGAGCAGCAUCGAGAACCUCAAGUCCAUCGACUUCAACGACAAGGCUCAGAGCUUCCGCUGCUGGUCCGGCUCCCAGGGGUCGGUCAGCGUGGUGUCCCAGCCGCCCAGUGCCAUUGUCACAGCUGUUCCAGAUACCAGCGACGCACCAACCGGCGAUGCUUCUGGCCCGACUUGCCUCGAGAUCGACAUGAACGAGCCGGGCAAGAAUUACCCAUUUUGGAAGCAUGCUUACUGCAACCACACUGAGCAAUGCCGUGAGUUGAUUCGCAAGCUUUGUAUCUUUCCAGCUCUGAUCUGACCUUGUCCAGUUUCCGUUCCUGAAGCAUCUGUCAACAACAAGAUCACCAUCUGGUCCAACAACGCAAUUCACUGCGACUCAUUCAGCGAUGUCGACGGAGCUUGCAAGGGAAAUGUUUCUCAGACGCUUUCAUUGACGCCCUACCAACAAGGCCAGAUCGACGCCAAGAAUCCUGUGCGAAGCUUCAAGUGCUACAACUGGAACUCCAGCGUCGUGGCGGCCAGUACUAUCAGCGUUGUGCAGCCCAGCCCCGUCAGCACUGUCACGCUCGUACCGGUCGAGCCGUUCGACAUCAUCCCUCCUGCUCCUCAGACUGACGACGAGGGAAACAUGUGCGCACUUCUCUGCCGUGACAAGGACCUGAAGAACAAGGCCAAGGGCGACUGCGAAACGCUUUGCAACACCGCCGACAAGUGUGGUAAGUUACAUUCCUCAGUGAGCUGCAUGACACUUCCUGACGCUUGCAGUGAAUGAACUCCCGGACAACCUCAACAAGAAAGUCAGCUCGGUCCACUCCGAUCCAUCCUUAGAGUGCUACCUCUACAAGGAAACUUACUGCCGAGGCGACCGAUCUCAGGCCUUCUCUGGCGUCGUCAAGAACCUGAAGGACAUCAGCUUCAACGAUAAGGCCCAGAGUUUCCAGUGCUUCGAACCCAAAGGCGCCACUUGCCCAGACAACAGCACAAACCCCGAAGAGCCAGAGCUCAAAUACUGUGCCGAAGCCUGCCGCGUCGACGAUGACUCCGAGGACUGCUUCAAGACCUGCUUCACGCCCAAUGAUUCGGAACAGCCGAGAUGCGGUGAGUCCUCAGCUCAUGCUGUGGGAAAGCUUCUUUCACUGACAUUUUGCAGUCGAUGAGCUUCCAAAACAGAUCAGCGGCAAGGUCACCACUUUCGAUUUUGACGGCGACGGACUCACCUGCCACCUCUGGUCAGACAAGAAGUGCAAAGGCUCGCAAUCCAGGGCCCUGACCAAGGACUGCCGCAACCUCAGGGCGAUCGGUUUCGAGGACAAGGCGAAGAGCUUCCAGUGCUUCAAGCGAACGGACUCUGACAAGGCUGCUGUACUCCGCAAGCUGCUCGCCGCCAAAGCCCCUGUCACACCUGCACUUCACUCUCGCGAUGCGGCCUUUCUGAACAUGACUGCGAUGAAGGAUCACAACUACUGCAUCAGCAUAUACAAAGAUGUCAGCUUCGAAGGCAAUUCGGAGCAGUACUGCGCGAAGAGGGGCACAUGCCGUAAGUUUCCUCUCUCACCUUGUAAAAGCUUGACCUUGCGACUGACGUGAUGCAGACUCCUUGCCGAGUCCAAUGUCAGGAGACAUCAUGUCUGCCAACGCAUCGUCCGCCUCAGCCUGCUACCUGUAUGAGGACACCAACUGCAGUGAAGAUCAAGCCAGGUCGCCAAAGAUCGACUAUCACGGCAUCUCUGACUUGAGCACCACUCAGAGCAUUCACGGCGACAAAGUGGACUUCAGCGAGAUGGCCAAGGCAUUCAAGUGCUGGCCAGACGAGGCCGGACACCACGAACGAGGCAGAUCCACUGGCGAGACCGACCACACCGCUCCAGGUGAUGCCGAAGUCCCACCCCCAACCACCAAUGCAUGCGUCGAGCUCUUCUCGAAGACGGAUUUCGACGGUGAAAGUAAAACCAUGUGCGCAGAUUUUGAGGAUGAAAAGUGCAGUAGGUACUACCCUUCACACGCCCGACGAGAAGACACUGACCGUCGGUUGCUGCAGCCAACAUCAAAGACAUUUCCGAGUCUUGGAACGACAAGGCCAAGUCUGCCUUCGCUUACCCAGGCUUCACCUGCGCACUCUACAAAAAGGAGGACUGCGGUGGCUCCAGCACGCGUUUCUUCUCGAUUGGCGGCAUUCAAGACCUCGAUGAAGUCCAGCCCAAGCUUGGCAAGGAGGUCUCGAGCUUCAGAUGCCAUCGCGAUACAAUGGACAACCAGACUUGGACGACUUCUGAUGAGAGGAGAUCCACUACCGACGUCGACACACCUCUCCCUGCACUUGCCCCUGGAAACACCAGCGCCGGUUGCAUCUUCAUGUACAAGGAUACCGACUUCCUCGGCGAGCUGAAAAAGGCCUGUGCCGACGAGUUGGGCGAGUGCUGUAAGUCACUCUCGACUUCUGAACCACCUUGUGCCCCACUGACUACCAUCACAGUUGACGACCUUGAGAAGAGAGGCUUCGACGACAAGGCCAAAUCCGUCCGCGCUUCCAGUGGCUUUGCCUGCCAGCUGUUCGAAGACAAGAAAUGCAAGGGCAAGAGCACCAAAUCAGUUGGCGCAGACGGCAUCCAGGACCUCAGCCAGAUUAAGCCCAAUCUCUUCAAGGAGGUGUCAAGCUUCCGUUGCCACCACGACAGCCAGCACGAGGACGUGAUCAUCGACGCCGAAGAUAUGCUUCCGACGGAAAUCAGCUCUUACAUUGAGGAAAUGCCGGCCACAGCUUUUCCAGCCGAGGCCACUUUCGUGCCGAUGCCUCUUGAGCGCCGCAAUCCCGAGGAGACCGAGUCGACGCACCCUGCUGACUGCAAGUAG